AAAGCACACCAAGAAAAUAAUAUUCCAGUAUUUAGAAUUUUCCAUUGUUCAUAGUGACAAGUGUAAAUUCAACUUCGCUGCUGUCUAAUUCUCUGAUUUUCAAUUCCGCAAGGCACAAUAAAGUUAAUUGGUUGUUUACUGUAUAAUAGCCUUUGCUCAUUUUUGACCGCCAUAAAUUGUGGGCUUUCACUAAAUCAUUGAUGCUUCUGCUUUUUUGGGCACUAAAGUGAGGGUUCUUCACUCAUACUACAUUAUUUUUGCUGUAUUAAUCCAACCCCUAAUAUGGUUUGUUUGCGGUUUUUUUAAAUGUAACCUCGAUUAGUCGUUCGUUGCUUAAUAGAUCUUAACCCAUCUAGUUUGUCUGCUGAAAUCUGAUUUUAUCCGUGCGUUAAUGUUGAAUUUCUUGUUCUAUUUGUGGAUAUUUAUUGAAUUGGGAUAAAACCCAUUUGUUGGAUUUUCCUUUACAGCGUAUUUGUCCAUAGGCUUUGCAUUCGAAUUUGUUGUUUAUUUGAGAGGUUUUGAAUGAGGGAUAAGAGUGCGCGAUGUGGUGAGAAAUGAAGUUCGGUGUUUUUGAGAGAUGGGGUGUGUUUUUGGAAAAGAGAUUUCAUCAACUGGGCCUCCUACUGGCCAGGUUGUAACUGAUAAUGGGAGGGAUAUUCAGGGAGGGAGAGAUCCAGUCGCACAGUCGGGGAGGAGAGAGAAAGUAGUAGUUGGUUCUGUAAGUAAGGCAGAGGACCACAGUGGCUGCGAAGGCGGAGGGGGUGGUGAAUUUCAGAAUGGUGGAGAUCAGAAGGAGGAGCCUAAGGAUGGAAAUGUGCGAAAGCCGAGAGGUGAGAGGAGGAGGUCUAGGCCAAAUCCUCGUCUAAGUAAUCCCCCAAAGAACAUCCAUGGUGAGCAAGUGGCUGCUGGAUGGCCAGCUUGGCUCUCGGCAGUUGCAGGGGAGGCAAUUAAUGGAUUGACCCCUCGUCGGGCUGACGCAUUUGAGAAACUUGAUAAGAUUGGACAAGGUACUUACAGUAAUGUCUAUAAAGCUAAAGAUACCUUAACGGGGAACAUUGUUGCAUUAAAGAAAGUCAGAUUCGAUAAUUUGGAGCCCGAGAGCGUGAGAUUUAUGGCUCGAGAGAUUUUGAUUUUGCGUCGUUUGGACCAUCCAAAUGUUUUGAAAUUGCAAGGGUUGGCGACUUCAAGGAUGUCAUGUAGUUUGUACCUAGUGUUUGAUUAUAUGGUGCAUGAUUUGGCUGGCUUGGCUUCAAGCCCCGGAAUCAAAUUUACAGAACCUCAGGUCAAAUGCUACAUGCAUCAGCUAUUGUCAGGCCUUGAGCACUGCCAUAACAGGCACGUGUUGCAUCGUGAUAUUAAGGGGUCAAAUCUCCUAAUUGAUGAUGGAGGAAUUCUUAAGAUUGCUGAUUUCGGUUUGGCUUCGACAUUUGACCCUAACAAGAAGCAGCCGAUGACCAGUCGAGUGGUUACUCUUUGGUACAGGCCUCCGGAGCUGCUUCUUGGUGCCACCGAUUAUGGUGUAGGUGUGGACUUGUGGAGUGCUGGGUGUAUUUUAGCGGAGUUAUUUGCUGGGAGGCCCAUCAUGACUGGGCGGACAGAGGUGGAACAGCUGCACAGGAUUUUCAAGCUAUGUGGCUCUCCGUCAGACGAAUAUUGGAAAAAAUCAAAACUACCGCAUACAACCAUAUUCAAGCCUCAACAGUCAUAUAAAAGAUGCAUAGCAGAGACAUUUAAAGAUUUCCCGCCAUCAUCACUGCCAUUAAUUGAGACUCUACUUGCAAUUGAUCCAGCUGAGCGUCAAACUGCUACAGCUGCAUUAAACAGUGAAUUCUUCAGAACAGAACCUUAUGCAUGUGAUCCAUCAAGUCUUCCAAAGUAUCCUCCCAGCAAGGAGAUGGAUGCUAAGAGGCGUGAUGAAGAAGCUAAAAGGCUAAGAGCUACUGGUAGAGCUAAUGCUGGCGGUGUGAAGAAAACACGUACACGGGAACGACCAAUGCGGGCAAUCCCUGCUCCUGAAGCCAAUGCUGAGCUGCAAGCCAAUAUUGAUAGGCGGCGACUGAUUACACAUGCGAAUGCAAAGAGCAAAAGCGAAAAAUUUCCUCCCCCACACCAGGAUGGAGGACUUGGUUAUCCUUUGGGCGCUUCACAUCACAUGAAUCCGGCCUUUGAUCCUCCUGAUGUCCCAUUCAGUUCCAUGAAUUUCUCAUAUUCCAAGGAACCCAUUCAAACUUGGUCGGGCCCAUUGGUGGACCCCUCUGCUGUCGGUGCUCCACGAAGAAAGACGAAGCCAUCGAAGAAGGAUAAGAACUCCAAUCGGAACGAGGAGAAAGGUAACAUGUAAUAUAUCACUAUUCUAUACUUUCAGCAAAAUCAACACUUUGAGGAGCACACACACUGCAAAUUCAUGUCUUGUAUCUGACUAUUUGAGAGGUAGAGUAUCUUUCGUUUCCACAUUUGUUUCUAUCAUUUUUGGUAUCAUGAGGUAUUAUAAAUGUUAAAUUCUUUUCCUCGUGCGUUGACUUACAGUGUCUUGAUUAGUGAAGAAUUAUAAUAAGAACUCUAAAUAUUUCUUUGUU